AUGCCAUGUCGCCUUGGUCUUAAAGGCUUUGGACAUACCAAAUUGCUUCUGCGCCCGUUUGCUUGCCAUCAUUUGCGAGCAUGCGGCUUCACAGUUGUCCGCAGUCGCGGCGAACGGAUUCCCCUGCGGCUUCAAUCCACUUCGGCGCUGCAUCAUGACCUUGACAGAUGGCGCACCUCAGCGGCCAGUCAUCCUAUAUCCGACACGAUAUAUGCGCUGUCUACUGCGCCAGGUCGAGCUGCGAUAGCAGUCAUACGUAUAUCUGGACCCGCAUGUCUUGAUAUCUACCAGUUGCUUUGUCCCCGGCGGCCACCGCCCAAACCUCGAACCGCAACCUUGCGAAAACUCUACGAUCCUGGCGAUUCUGAGCAGGUCGAGCCUCGAGUCCUCGAUACGAGCGCGCUCCUCCUGUACUUCCCCGCGCCGAAUACAGUGACCGGAGAGGACGUGCUCGAGCUGCAUGUCCACGGCGGUCCAGCCAUUGUCCGGUCGAUCCUGAAUGUCAUCUCCAAACACGGACGAUCGUCACACGGUCGAGGCGGCGCCAUCAGACAUGCCGAACCCGGCGAAUUCACGAAAUGGGCAUUUUACAAUGGCAGGCUAGACCUCACACAAGCCGAAGCACUGGGUGAAACUCUCGCGGCCGAGACGGAGCAGCAGCGCCGGCUGGCUGUCAGCGGCACCGACGGCGGACUUGCAAAGAGAUACGAGGAGUGGCGGACGCUGCUUCUCUACGCGCGAGGCGAACUAGAGGCCCUGAUUGACUUUUCUGAAGAUCAGCACUUUGACGAGUCACCUGCGGAGUUCAUGGCCUCGAUCUCACAACAAGUGUUCGCGUUGAAGAGACAGAUUGAGUUACACCUUCAGAACGCGUCAAGGGGGGAGCUGCUGCGCAACGGUAUCAGCAUUGCGUUGCUGGGUGCGCCAAAUGCUGGCAAAAGCUCGCUACUCAACCGCAUUGUGGGCCGCGAAGCUGCCAUUGUCAGUGCCGAAGAGGGCACAACUCGUGACAUUGUCGAUGUCUCGGUGGAUCUUAACGGCUGGCUAUGCCGGCUGGGCGAUAUGGCCGGACUCCGCUCAAAGCAGCAGAGUGAAGUUGGCUUGAUCGAGCGAGAAGGCAUUCGCCGGGCAAGAGAACGUGCCCUCCAGUCCGACGUUGUUGUGGUGCUGCUAUCCAUCGAACUGGACCCCGACAGGAAGCCCAGAGUAUCUAUCAAUGGAGAAGUCCUCGAGGCGGUGCAGGAAUGCCACGCCUCGGGGAAGACUAUUCUGGUUGUUCUAAAUAAGAUCGACCUUGUCGUGGACCAACUUGGUGCAAACAAAGAGGCAGCCAGAGACCUGCAUACACGAGUCGGUCAGAUGUUUCCUUUUGUACCUGCAUGGCGUAUAUGCACGAUAUCUUGCAAACGCACAUCAGAUGAUCCUGCCGACUCCGACGCCGACCCGGGCGGCAUCCAAGCCUUCCUCACCGUCCUGACCGACGCCUUCACGGAAUUGACGACAGCAUCGACUGGGGAAGUACACGACGCAAGACUGACCGCAGCGGAAGCGCAGUCGUACUGGACGGCAUCCCUCUCAGUUACGCACCGCCAGAGCAUGUACCUGUCAGAAGGCUUACGUCAUCUGGACGACUUCCUCUCAGUUGCCUGUUACCCACAACACCAACUGUCGCAGGCGCAGUCUUACCUGCAUACGGAAUCGGACGGCACGAUGGAAUUCUCCCAUUCGUCAAACCACGAUGAGUACCACGGUGGUCGCCACAAUGGCCUCGACGCGCCAAAUAUAGUAUCCGACCCAGAUGCACAUGCACAUGCACAUGCAGAUAGUGUCGUUGAUAUUGUCACUGCCGCGGAACAUCUCCGGUUUGCGGCGGAUUGCCUUGCCAAGAUCACGGGGAAGGGUGAAUCUGGCGACGUGGAGGACAUUUUGGGUGUGGUCUUCGAGAAGUGA